AUGGCUGCUCCCGGUUCCAAGUCGGCCCUCAUCACGAUGGACGAUGCCAAGACGUCCUUCAACCUCUUCUGCUGCGUGCUCGGCAUCGGAUCGCUGGCCAUGCCCUCCAACUACGCCCGCGCAGGACCCGUGUACGCCACCAUCGCUCUCGCGUUCAUGAUGUUCGCCAACACAUACGCCGCCAUGAAGCUGUCCAUGGCUAUGCUGGCUGCUCCCCCUUCCGUCAAGACGUAUGGCGACCUGGGCGAGUGGGCUCUGGGCAAGUGGGGCCGCUUCUGCACCGUCAUCUCUCAGAUGGGUGUGUGCGUGCUGGUGCCCAUUGCCUUCCUGAUCCUCGGUAGCAGUCUGCUUGACGUGCUGUUCCCGGACUGCUUCAGCCAGACGUUCUGGACCAUCUUCAUGGCGCUCAUGGUCGUCCCUGUGUGUCUGAUCCCAACGCUGAAGGAGAGCGCUGGUAUGGCGUUUGCUGGCUGCAUGGGCACUGCUAUCGCCGACAUCAUCGCGGUGUCCAUCCUGCAGUACAACAUGCGCGGCCACCCGUCGAUCCCCAAGCCCGAUGUGUCGAUGACCCAGGUUUUGACCUGCUUUGGCAACUUGGCUCUUGCUUACGGAGCUUCCAUUGUGAUUCCGGAUCUCCAGCGCGAACACUCACAGCCUCAGCGUAUGCCGCGUGUGGUGGUGGUGACCAUGCUCAUCAUCUCGGCCUUCUUCUUCGCCAUCGCGCUGGCCGGAUACACGGCCGGUGGCUGCCAGAUCUCGGGUAACAUCUUGUACUCUAUCGUGGACACGUCCAACCCGUUGGGCGUGGCUCCUCUGGGCUUCAGUGCCAACCGCGGCGCUGUCGUGAUGGCCUAUCUGUUCAUGCAAGUCCAUAUCUCUAUCGCCUUCUCGACGAUGAUGAUGCCGGCCUUCUACAUGGCCGAGCGGUUGGUGCUGGGCAUGCACAAGACAGCGCGUAUCGUCCGCUUCGACGCUGAGCAAGACCAGGAAGGCGUUGAGGACCUUGAGCUGCAGGACAAGCGGUCGUACGUGCAAGUUACGACGCCUAAGGAUAUGGCUGGCCGUCCCAGCAUGGCUGAACUCGGCGAGGAGAUUACGGAGGAGCAGCUCCGUGAGCCCUACAAGGGCGCCAAGAACACGCUGCGCUACAUCACACUGCGUAUCACCAUUAUCGUCCUUAUGGUUAUCGUGGCAGUCGCUGCCCAGGACAAGUUCCUCGACCUCGAAGACUUUACGGGCUCGACGGCCCACACGGUCAACUGCAUGAUCAUGCCUGUGCUGAUUUACGCGCGCGUGUUCUGGAAGAAGAUGUCGACCCUCGACAAGGGCGCGUCGAUUCUUGUGAUGGUCAUAUGCGGCCUUGCAGGCUUCUACAUGAUGAUCCACGCCGGCAAGCAGCUUUUCACGCCGUCGGAGGACGACACCGCCUUCCCCUACUGCGACGUGGAGUACCAGGACGAGCCAUACUACGUCCACAACAGCACCAACUAG